AUGUCUUUGGUCAAAACCAAACUCAAGGCUGCUCGCGACGCUAUUGCCAAAAAGCAAUUCUCACUCGCUAAAGAUGCAUCUGAACAAGCACUCGCCUUCGAUCCGACCAACUACAACGCAAAUGUCUUUCUGGGUCUCGCUCUCCUAGAACUUGGAGAGUUCGCCGAAAGCGAGGCUGCGUAUCGUAGGGCAAUCGACUCAAGUCCAGAGCAAUCAUUGGCAUGGCAAGGGCUGGCAAAGUAUUACGAGCGUCGUAAUCAGUGGCCUGCUUUCGCAGAAACGAUGCGCCGUCUGGUGGAUCUCUAUGUAGAGAGUGGCGACGCAGCCAAAUGCGCUGAAGCCGCCGAAAAGCUGAUAGCUUGCCGGAGGGAUAACGGAAAUCCGAGCGAGCUCGUCGACGCUUUGUCACUGCUCCUCCCCGACUCCCCAGCUUAUGGAGUUCUGUCAAAUCUUCCUAUACCGGAUCAUACAAACCCAGAGGCGACGCCCUCGUACACUACGCAGGCUGCCGUUCACAAUUCCUUACCUGUCGUGGAGGAAAUCAUCACCAUUCUUGAACGCGAAGAAUCUUCAACCUAUGCUAAGGAGGUCGCUAAGCGACGAACACGACUCGGAGCCGCUAGUCCCGAGGUAUUGCGUAAAGAGGUUGGCGUUGAAGUUUGGAGCGACUCACUUCUACCUAAAUUCUACACCGACGUCCUCAAUCAUCCACACACAACGGAUGAGUUACGGAGAAUGACCGACGCAAAACUUCUUCGCUACAAGUACCAACUCUUGUGCGCGUUACCUGCCAAUGACACACGCAAACCAAUCAUUUCUCGGGAGGUUGAUGAGCUCGUUGCUGGCGCGAUUACACUCGAAAUUCCGGAUGAAUUGGCUUGGUCGCUCUCCUUGGAUGCAUUAGAUCUGGUCAAUUUGAAGGACUAUCCCAGCGACUUGUUACAACAGUUUAUCCUUUUGUUUCCCUCGACACCCCUUGCUACAUUUCUCAAGGCGUAUUCUGUCUAUUCUCACUCUGAGAAUAUAGAUGAAGAAGACAGCAACAACCCCAUCGAGUCUUUUGAGCGUAUGCAGGAUGCAUAUUCCUCGCUCGCCAACUCGACUCUUGCGACUCGGAUACUUGCUGACGUAUCACUGCAAGAAUCGGAACUGCAAAAUGCUAUCCUUGCGGCCGAGAAUGGCUUAAGCUUAUUGACGCAGACAGAAACAAACUGUGGAAAGACUUUGUCAAAAGGCCGGAUAGGUUUCAAGAUGGUUUUGUCAACUUCACUCGUCCAUCUCUUCCCCCCAAAGCAUCACGUGCGGGCGUUGUCCAUACUAGAUGAUGUGCUUGCGGAAGCUCCAGACAACACGUUAUGCCUCAUGAGCCGCGCGUAUAUUCUUGAACAUGAAGAAAGAUGGAUAGAUGCGGCCACUUUGUUCAACCGUGUCAGCACUCUUCUUCCGGAUGACCUUCAACUCGGUAUCCGAGCCAAAGAGGAGGAGUCAUGGUGCAUAGCGCUAUCCGGAGACUUGGCGGCUGGAAUUCACGGGCUCGAAACAGUGUUGACUACUCUAAAAACGCUGGAGGGUGGAGAAGCCGAUUGUGCCCGAACCUUGUAUCGAAUUGGGAGGGCUUAUUGGGAUAUGGGUGAAUCAAAGCGAGAGGAAUCAUACCGUCUCUUCAUCGCUGCACUCAAAUACAACUCGUCGUAUGCACCAGCCUUUUCUGCGCUUGGUAUAUAUUAUUUGGAGGCCGCCAAUCCACGUGAUCCCACCCGUGCUUCAAAAUGUUUCCAAAAGGCAUUCGAGCUGGACGCAAGGGAGAGCGCUGCUGCUCGUAGACUUGCUGAUGGCUUUGCCGAAGAACGGGAAUGGGAUCUUGUUGAGGUUGUCGCGCGUCGAACAAUUGAAGGAGAAGGUGGUUUGGAUGGAGGCCUGAAAGUAGACAGCUCUCGCCGUUUUUUACCCAACAACGCAUGGGCAUGGAAAGCUGUCGGUGUCGUUGAACUAGCGCGCUCUAACUAUACUGCUGCAAUUCAGGCCUUACAAAUUACACUACGAGCAGAGCCUGAUGACCAAGUGUCUUGGCUACGUCUCGGAGAGGCCUACAGCAAAGCUGGACGACAUGCAGCGGCCAUCAAGGCACUUUCUCGUGCACGAGAACUUGAUUCGAAAGAUUGGAUGUGUAGUUUUUUCCUCGCUCAAGUUCAACGACAGACUGGGGAGCUGCAAGAGGCUGUCGACGCUUUCCGUGAUAUACUGGCCGAACAUCCCGAAGAAAUCGGUGUCGUGGUGUCCUUGGGGCAAAGCUAUCUGGAGCUGGGGCUCGCCCAAUUGAACGACGGCCUUUCAAACCGUGCUGAGCGCUCUUUUGUAGACGCAAUCCUCACAGCAAUCCAGACGAUGAAACAAAGUGCGGGUUUCCGUAGUCUCACUUGGAAAACCGUCGCCGAUGCUCUAUUUUUCUUAUCUCGGCGUUCUGUCUUGUUCCACGAAGACAUUGUCCGAGAAACAGUGGACCAAGUGCAAACAUUGUUGCCGACUGAUCUUGACUCGAAUUUGCGUUCUAUCAUGGCAACUACCGAUCCGAGUGCUCCAAUUACCCCCCGAUACAUUCUCCAAACGAGCGUUAUGGCAUACAGCCAUCGGAUUGCCCUGGGGCCCUCAGAAGGUGUUGCUCACUCGAGUGCUAUGUACGAUCUUGGAAUCGUUCUUCUCUGCGCCGCCCGUCAGGAAAUUUCUCCACAAGGAGCUCAAGAUAAAGCCGUCGAGUAUUUAACUGGGGCAGUCCGUGAGAAUCCAGGCAAUGAUGCCUUUUGGACUGCCCUGGCAAGUGCACACUUUACCUCUCAGCCUAAAACAUCGCAGCAUGCCUACAUCAAAGCUUUGGAGAUCGAUUCCAAGAAUGCGUUGACUUGGGCCAACUUAGGUUUACUGUAUCUUGAUCAAGGUGACUUGGAACUCGCAAAUCAAGCACUGCUGCGAGCACAGACCCUUGAUCCCGAAUGCACUAUCGCCUGGGCCGGUCAAGCAUUAGUGGCUGCCAACAAUGGACACAAUUCUGACUCAACCACACUCCUGGAACAUGCUGUUGGGCUCCCGUCAUCCGUCCCAGAGGUGGACCUAGAAUACGCUUCUCGGGCUUUCACACAAGGGAUGGGCACCUCCAGUGGUCUUUCCAUAGAUUCACUGCUUCCCAUCUUCCUCGUUCUCGACAGAUACUGUCAGAAUAGACCAGGCGAUCCUUGUGGCCUCCAUCUGCUGGGCCUCAUCUGCGAAACCUUGGGUCAACUUGAGCGUGCAGUGGAACUUGUCAGGAGGGCGAUUGGCAUUCUCGAAGCGGAAUACGAGGAAACGGAGUCGGCGGUGGUCGAAAAGCAUUACACUGUUGCAACGUCAAAUGCUGCCCGACUUUGUCUCGCGGUCCAAGACUAUGAAGGGGCCAUCGAGGCAUUUGAGAGUGUAUUGGGGCUCAUCGGCGAAGAGGACAAAGAUCGUGAUGCCGCGACUAUGCAAAUCCAGGCAAGGUUCGGCAUCAGUUUAGCUGCUUUUCAGUCGGGUCGGAUUGACGAGGCCAUGCAACACGCGGAAUUGGCUUUACAACUUGCUGCGAAUGAUACCACUCUCCAAGGACACAGCGCUGUAUUACUGGCUCAGAUAAUGUGGGCUGCUGGCGACAAAGAUACAGCUAAAGAAAGACUAUUGGACUGCAUCACGACGGACUCUGAAAACCUGAUUGCCAUCACUGCCUUGGCUGCAAUGGGUAUCCUAACAAACGACGACGGACUGGUGGACGCAGCUCUCGCAGACAUAUUGUCUUUGCCAGUACACAAGCGGCUGGAGCUCGAUCCUGAACGCCAUGUCAAUUAUUUGCUCACUAAGCACCAUCUUGCUCAGAAUGACGUCGGAAAAGCCAUAUCGUUGGCGCAGGGAGUUGUUGUCGCAGAGCCUGCUCGCCCAGAUACUCGGAACGAUUUGGCAAGCUUGAAUCUCCAACUGAACGAUCAUAAAACGGCUCACGCUGUCCUGUCUGGAUCACAAACCGGAAGCUUCGAGGUUGCACGAAACUCGCUCGCAUUACAAGCCAUUUCAGAGUCUAUGAAUGGCGAUAGUAGUCGAGCCAUCAGACUGGCUCAAAAAGCCAUCUUUUUAACACCUUGGAAGGCCGAAAAUUGGAAGACGCUAGCGUUAGCGCGAUAA